CUGAUCACAUUUGCGACGCGACACAGUUUCUCCAAACUGUUCCAUCAUUUAAUUUAACACAAUUGUUUGGGCAGUUAUCCCAAAAGCUGCCGGCUCAUCACUCUGAAAAUUUGGGAAUCGCUCAUAAGUCACAAUGACCGAUAAACUUCCACCAAAUCUCCUCGCGCUUUUCGCGCCUCGACCCCCUUUGCGAUGGGUUCCGCCUUCAGACCAUGCUCCGGAAAAUCGCAGAACUCCUGCUGUAAGCGGUCUUGCUGCGUUUCUCCCGGCUCUUAAGGAAUAUAAGGAGACCGAUCAAUACACACCUACAGAGAGCUGGCUUCAAAGAAAGGACCGUGUCAAGCAGGAGAAGAAGGCCGCACACGAAAAUAUCAUUCAGGAAGCUCCAAAAACAUGUGAGGGCCUUGAUUCAUGUUCUACAUCAAUACUUCAUCUUUAAAUAUUCUUGUUUUCAAAUUGUUAGACUAUUACUAAUGUCCUGGUUAUACAGUCAAACCAUCAGAGGAUCCUAACAUUCGUGGCGAUGCUUUCAAAACACUUAUUGUUAGUCGACUAGAUUAUGAAGCUACUGAGAAGGACUUGGAGCGCGAGUUCGGCCGAUUUGGACCUAUCGAAAGAGUGCGUUUCCUUAAAAUACACUGCUUAAUGCAAUGCUAAUAUCGUGACCUUGUAGAUUCGCAUAGUUGUCGAUACCCACCAACAUGAAAAGCCUGGAAAGAAGGUCAAAAAGCAUCGCGGUUACGCAUUUGUUGUUUUCGAGCGAGAGAAGGACAUGAGAGGUAAAGCCGAGCACACCCUAUAUUCCCCCUAUACCAGUAGCAUUAUUGCGCAAUUGGCACACAGAUUUAGUUUUUUCACUUUCUUGUCUUUCGUUUUUCUUUACUCCUUGAUGCCCAGAUUAAGGUAUAUGAAUAUGGGUAAAUGACUAACAAUCGCGCCUUGCUCGCGCUUCGUGAAUAGCUGGUUUAGAAAACUGUGACGGUAUCAGAAUCAAGGAUCGUCGAAUCAAAGUAGAUGUCGAAAGAGGUCGAACUGUGAAAGGCUGGCUACCACGCCGUCUUGGAGGAGGACUUGGAGGUCGUGGAUACACGAAGACUGCCAGUUCACGACCCAUGGGUCCUGGCGGGUUCAAUGGCCCUCCUGGCGGCCCCGGAGGCUUCAGGGGCGGCUUCCGAGGCGGUUUUGAUGGUGGUAGAGGUCGUGGCGGCUUCCGAGGAGGUUUCGAUCGAGGUGGAUUUGGCGGCGGCGGUGGUGGUGGUGGUGGUGGUGGACGAGGAGGAAUUGGCUACCAGGGCCGCGGGGGCUUUGGUGACAGAAAUGAUCGUGGUGGGUAUGGAGGCUCCAAUGGCUAUGCUCCCCCAAAUGCACCAGCUGGCCCAGGAGGUGGUGGUCGGGGAGGUUUUGGCGGUGGCAGCGGUUAUGGUGGAAGAGGAGGUGGAGGCCUCGGUGCAGGAUCUCCAGAUCGCAAUGGCCCUGGAGGACCAAGUGGUGGGUAUGAAUCUCGUGGAGGCCGCUCAUAUGAUGACAGAUCUGGAGGACAUCGUGGCAACAGCAACCGUGGUUAUGGUGAUCGAGAUGGAGGUCCUCCUCGCGGAGGCAGUGGCAGCAAUAUGGAGCCGGUAAGACCCCGAGAUGGUAGUGGAUACCGUGAUAGAGAUGGACCCAGAGAUGGACCAAGAGAUGGAGGAUACGGCGGUCGCCCACGCGAAGACGAUUCACGAAAGAGACCUUACGACAGUAAUGGCUAUGAGGAGGAUCCUCGCAAAUUACGAAGGUACUAGGUACAACAGGACUGGCCGGUGGGUUCAACAGUCUUGUGGUGGGUUUUUCCGAAUCUUCCAUCUUUUCUCCCUUUCUCACCAGGGGUAAGCGGUUCUUCGAUAUAAGUUUUCACUCAAGGUAGUGUUGUCGCCUAAUCUACUUGCAUACUUGUCGACAGCAUCUUCAUAGCACGGUCAAAAGUAGCUUCCGCUUCCGUCAACCUUCAUUCACCAUGAUAACUUGAUCUCACAAAGGCUUUUGCGACUUUCUCGACAUGCAGAAAUCUGACAUUUCUCUCAAUGGUCUGGUAUGAUAUGGCUGGUUUCUCUUUACGUAUUGGAGGCUUACUUUGAUCAUGGGAGGUACGAUCAGAGGUAAGAAAUAGGUACCACCUGACUAUCCUCAUCUAGUGCUUUAGCAAAUUUGUCACUAGCUAGAUAUAUGGCUCUUUACA